UUUUUCCACUGAAGGAUUAUGGUGUUUUACAUGGCUCUGUGGAGUAUGUAGCAACAACAAUACUCUGCUGGAGUAGGACCAAAUAUGAAGAGCAGAAAGGGAUACUUCAGCACUUCCUGUCCUUCAAAGGAAAGGGCCAAGUCCCCACCUACAUCACCUGUGGGGACAUUAAAGACUGGAUAAUCUCGGAUGGACAAAACAUCCUUAGGGAGAGAUUUCAGACGGACAGCUGUGAGCAGCGAGAUGGCCUCAUUCACCUGGUCUGGGAGGUGAACAUGAGGCUAAAGCUGCAGGACAUGGGCAGAGAACUGGGAAUGAGUCCCAGCAGCUCAGAAGCACCUCCGAUGAGCGCCCAAGAAACCCAGCGUGCCGCUCUCGCUGACCUGGAGUCUGCAGCUCUGGAGAAAGCAGCAGCUGCAGAGAGGUACUCCAGGUGGUAUUUUGAUGCCCGCUUGGUCGCGCGUCGGGCAUUGCGAGAGCUGGCAGAGGCUCUGGCACGCCCGCUCGCCUGCACCCCCCACACCCUGUCAGCGGUGGUGGGGGACACCGUCACCGGCCUGCUCGGCGCCGUCAUGGAGCCAGCCAAUCACAGAGCGUCGAGCAGGGCCUUCAGCGAGGUGGCGGUGGGCGUGGCCAUUUGUGUGCACAAAGACCUGCGCGCAGCAGGAUGGGCGGAGGAGCGAGCUUUCGGGGCGCAGUGCUGGAGGUGGGCCAGGCCCAGCAUGAUGGGGAUGCUCCACAAGGCCCUGCUGGAGCAGACCGGCUCACCUGGGGCCCUGCAGGCCGCCCUGAGAGGGAACAGCGCCGCGGUCACCUCCGCCAUCGCCACCGCCAUCGCCAAGGCCCUUCUCACGGCUGCUGAUACAGCCCUGAACGCCGGCCCUGCCACGCCCGAGGAAGAGGGGCAGACUCCUGCAGCAUCAGAUCCUGUGGACACUGCAAUGCAAACUGAGACACCAGCAACAUCUCUGGUGAAGACAGAUGCACACAAGACUACACUGGAGGAAAUUGACUCCCAAAAGACUCCACUGGAGGAAAUGGACUCCCAAAAAUCAUCCCUGGAGGACUCACAAAAAACAUCCUUGGAGGAAAAGACAUCUCGGGAGGAAGUGGACUCCCAAAAGACAUCUCAGGAGGAAGUGGACUCCCAAAAGACAUCUCGGGAGGAAGUGGACUCCCAAAAAAUAUCCUGUGAGGAAAUGGACUCCGAGAAGAUAUCCUGUGAGGAAAUUGACUCCCAAAAAACUCCACUGGAGGAAAAGACAUCUCGGGAGGAAGUGGACUCCCAAAAGACAUCUCGGGAGGAAAUGGACUCCCAAAAAAUAUCCUGUGAGGAAAUGGACUCCCAGAAGAUAUCCUACUCCACUGGAGGAAAAGACAUCACAGGAGGAAAAGACAUCUCGGGAGGAAGUGGACUCCCAAAAGACAUCUCGGGAGGUAGUGGAAUCCCAAAAGACAUCCUGUGA